UGAGGGCGGCGUCAGACAUCUUUUUUUUUUUUUAAGUCGAAAGGUAUGCUGAUUUGUUAACACAUCUUAAACAUCAUUGUUUUGUGUUUUAACGUUAGUAAAGGAAAAUCAACCAUACAAUGGCGUUAUGUUUUUGGGUCACAAUAUUUGCAGUUUUAUCUGCUGCUUUGGCCAUAUCUGUGAGCAUACCUAAAGAAGUCUAUGAGGUCGCAAGAGGAGACAAUGUGACGAUACCAUGUAACUUCAAAUCAACUUUGGUUCUGAGCCAGAUUAAAGUCCUGAGCGUUCAUUGGGCUCGACUUGGAAAAAACCCAGAAGAUCCCGCGUCAAAAAUACUUGAUUAUUAUUAUCCAUCCAAUGAAUUGGAUAUUAAUGCAAAGUAUGAAGGAAGAGUUGGUUUUGUGUCGAAACCUGAAACAGGCGAUGUUUCUAUCUACCUCAGUAAAGUUACUCUAGAGGACAAUGGCUUUGUGGAGUGUGCUGUCAACAUUGCAAAAGACAAUGUUGGGGUAAACACGCAUGCAACCAAUCUGCUUGUGUUGGUUGCUCCAUCAAAGCCACUGUGCUCUUUGGAAGGAAAGGCAGAAUAUGGGCAGGACAUCAGGCUGAAAUGCUUCUCAGAAGAAGGGUCCCCUCCACCAAUUUACAAGUGGACAAACUAUGAUGUACGAAACACUCUGAGGCCAGAUCCACCAAAAUCCAAACAGGAAAAUGGAAUGAUGACCCUGGUGAAUGUUUCCUUGGACACGUCUGGAUUCUUCAUUUGCACCUCAUCCAAUAAAAUCCGCUCCGCUUCCUGCAACAUUACCGUUGCUGUCAUGCCUCCCUCCAUGAAUAUUGCUUUGACUGCAGGGAUUAUUGGAGCCGGCGUUGUUGCACUCAUUGUCAUUGCAGUAGCGGUUUACUGUUGCUGCUGCCGUAACACAGGGCCACCCGAGGAAUAUGAAAUGGAGGUUCCAGGAGAGGAGAAAUAUGACCCCAAGUCCAAGCACCUGAAGAACACCAAAGAAUAUUAUGAUGAAGACAAUGAGCCCCGCCACAACGGAGACACGUACUACGAUGAUGGUGAGGAGGAGGAGGAGGAGAACAAACGCUCCAGGCCUCCCAUGAUUCCACCUAACAAGCCAAGGAAUAUGGGCCAUUCAGAUUCUUAAGUUUACUUGCUUGCUGUAUUCUUUUUAGAAAGAGACUAAGCACUGGAAAAGUGAUCCCUUUAUUUUGUUAAUUAAAUUUAAAUGAACGUCAGGGUUUAACAGACCCCAGUUUGGCACUAAUCUUGAACUACCUAAUGUUACCUUAGGUAAGGUAGGGUGUGAAUCCAGCCAUCUUUAUUGCUUUUCUGUCAUUUCCUCUGCUUAUUUUUUAGAACUUAGAAAUAUUGUUGAGCAAAAAUAAGUACUCUGGCAAGUAUGCAAUCUCAUGCAUCUACUGUGUAACCAAUCCUGCAUGUGUGUGAUUGCAAGCAGACCUGCCUGUACACUUUUAGAAAUGUGGUUUCUGCAGGUGUCAAUCACAUUGCUUCUGAAUACACACACAGUCAGAGUAUCUUUUUAAAUUGUUUUUAUACUUUAAAAUAUUUUGUAUUUGAUUAAAUGUUGUGUUUUGCAUGUUUGUUUUUAUAAUCAUGUUUAUUUACUAUGCUUAACCAUGUAUUACCAAAUGGAUUUUCAGCUGCUUAUUUUUUUUUUGUUUUACCUUAAGUUGGUUCCUGACUCACCUAUAUAUUUAUAAUGAAUUUAUGUUUUAAUUAAUUUUAUAAAAUGAAGUUGCCUGUUUUCAGUAAUAUGGUAAAUAAUAUGGGUGUUGUAAUUGCAUAAUAAAACAUAUUUUAAAAUGGU